AUGACACUUGACGAUAUUCAACAGAUCGCUGUCAUUGGGGCGGGUUUGAUGGGGCAUGGGAUCGCCCAAGAAUUUGCGUUUGCCGGUUAUCAGGUUCAUCUGCACGAUGUGAGCCAAGCGCAGGUUGAUGCUGGAAUGGAGCGGAUACGAGACAACCUUCAGGUGUUUGUGGAAAACGACCUCGCUGGGCCCGAUCAGAUUGAUGAAACGCUCGGUCGGAUCCACGGGUCGGAUCAGCUUGAAACCGUUGGACGGGAAGCGGAUUUCGUCAUUGAAGCGGUGAUCGAAAAUCUGCCCCUCAAGCAGGAAGUCUUCCGCCAACUGGAUCAGAUCUGCCCACCGCGCACGAUUCUUGCCAGCAACACGACGGCACAGAUGCCUUCGCAGAUUGGCGCGUUUACCCAGCGUCAAGAUAAGAUUUGA